AAAAGUCUCCAGUGCAGAAAGUUUCAGGAGACUGCAGACAUGCUCAGGUUUCUUGUGUUGACCUCUCUCGCAGCGCUCGCGCUGGCCGAGCUGGAGCCCCAGCCCAGGUACCUGGAGGAUGACAGAGUUGAGGAGAGAGUUGUGGGAGGCGAGGUGGCCAGACCCAACUCCUGGCCCUGGCAGAUCUCUCUUCAGUACAAAUCCGGCAGCAGCUUCUACCACACCUGUGGAGGAACCCUGAUCAGGAGAGGAUGGGUCAUGACCGCUGCUCACUGUGUGGACAGGUCCAGGACUUGGCGUGUUGUUCUUGGAGAUCACAACAUCAACUCCCACGAGGGCACCGAGCAGUACAUGAGCGUGAACCACGUCUACAUUCACCCCUACUGGAACUCAAACAACGUUGCUGGAGGGUGGGACAUUGCUCUCCUGCGUCUGUCCUCUGAUGCUUCUCUCAACAACUACGUCCAGCUCGGCGCCCUGCCUGCCUCUGGCGAGAUCCUGCCCCACAACAACCCCUGCUACAUCAGCGGAUGGGGUCGCACCCAGACUGGAGGCCAGAUCUCUGCUCAGCUGAAGCAGGCCUACCUGCCUGUUGUUGACUACAGGACCUGCUCCAGCUUCGGAUGGUGGGGCAGCACCGUGAAGGCCUCCAUGGUCUGUGCCGGUGGUGGCAGCGAGUCUGGUUGCCAGGGUGACUCCGGCGGCCCCCUGAACUGCAGCGUCAACGGCCAGUGGGUUGUCCACGGUGUGACCAGCUUUGUGUCCUCCUCUGGCUGCAAUGCCUACAAGAAGCCCACCGUCUUCACCCGUGUCUCUGACUACAUCAGCUGGAUGAACAGCGUCAGUAUUAAACACUGA